AUGGCAACUCAGUUAGCUUCUCUUUCACCGCUAGUGUUCAAUGGUGACCAAUACCAUAUUUGGGCUGUUAGAAUGAAGGCCUAUCUAAGAGGGCAAGGACUUUGGCAGUAUGUGGAGGAAGAGAAACAACCACCACAGCUUGGUCCAAACCCCACUCUAAAUCAGAUGAGGAUGUAUGAAGAAAAGAUGUCAAAAGCUCCAAAGGCCCUAUCUCAUAUACACUUUGCUGUAACAAACCUUGUGUUUAUAAGGAUAAUGGCGUGUGAAACAGGAAAAGAAGCAUGGGAUAGGCUGAGGGAGGAGUUCAUAGGAAGUGAUACAACAAGGAAUAUGCAAGUGAUGAACUUGCGGAGAGAGUUUAAGAUGUUGAGGAUACAGGAGAUGGAGAAAGUAAAAGAGUAUGUGGAUAGGCUUAUGAGUGUGGUGAAUAAGAUCAGAUUAUUGGGAGUUGUGAUGAGUGAUAAGAUGAUUGUUGAAAAGGUGCUAGUUAGCUUACUCGAAAGGUUUGAAUCCAAGAUAUCUUCCCUAGAAGAUUCAAAGGAUUUGUCACAAAUCAGCCUUACCGAAUUGGUCCAUGCACUGCAUGCUCAAGAACAAAGAAGGUUAAUGAGGCAAGAGGACACUAAUGAAGGUUCUAUGAUGGCUGCUCAAAAGGGGAAGAAUAUACAGGGAAAUAACAGAAAGUAUGCCGAAGACAAGAGAGGAAAAGAGCAAAACCAGUAG